AAGCACAAACUGAAAAAAAAAGUUUCCAAAAAUGGCUUGACACAUGUAGAUAUUCUGUGAACACCAUUCCUGAAGCUGAUAUAAAUGUAAUGGAAGGUGAGAUCACUUCAUUUACAAAGGCGCUUUUACAAAUCAUCACCAUUUCCUGGCCACAGCUGUGAGGCACCAUGUGUGAUGAUGAUGAAACCACUGCCCUUGUCUGUGACAAUGGUUCUGGGCUUUGUAAAGCUGGGUUUGCAGGAGACGAUGCCCCAAGAGCUGUAUUUCCAUCCAUCGUUGGACGUCCUCGACAUCAGGGUGUUAUGGUUGGAAUGGGUCAAAAGGACAGCUAUGUAGGGGAUGAAGCACAAAGUAAAAGAGGGAUCCUGACACUGAAAUAUCCCAUUGAGCAUGGAAUCAUCACUAACUGGGAUGACAUGGAAAAGAUUUGGCAUCAUUCUUUCUAUAAUGAGCUCCGUGUUGCACCAGAAGAACACCCUGUGCUGCUCACUGAGGCCCCCUUGAACCCGAAGGCGAACCGUGAAAAAAUGACUCAGAUUAUGUUUGAGACGUUCAAUGUGCCAGCCAUGUACGUAGCAAUUCAGGCAGUGCUGUCUCUGUAUGCAUCUGGACGAACUACUGGGAUAGUUUUGGAUUCUGGGGAUGGUGUCACACACAAUGUGCCUAUCUAUGAGGGCUAUGCCUUGCCUCAUGCCAUUAUGAGACUGGAUCUUGCAGGCAGAGACCUGACUGACUAUCUCAUGAAGAUCCUUACAGAGAGAGGCUACUCUUUUGUCACCACUGCGGAACGGGAGAUUGUGAGAGAUGUAAAGGAGAAACUUUGUUAUGUGGCUCUGGAUUUUGAAAAUGAAAUGGCAACUGCUGCUUCCUCCUCCUCUCUUGAAAAGAGCUAUGAACUUCCUGAUGGGCAAGUCAUCACCAUUGGAAAUGAACGAUUUCGAUGCCCAGAAACUCUCUUCCAGCCAUCCUUCAUAGGGAUGGAGUCGGCAGGUAUCCAUGAAACUACAUACAACAGUAUUAUGAAAUGUGAUAUUGACAUCCGUAAGGAUCUGUAUGCCAACAAUGUACUCUCUGGAGGAACCACAAUGUAUCCUGGUAUUGGUGAUCGUAUGCAGAAAGAGAUCACAGCUUUGGCUCCAAGUACCAUGAAGAUUAAGAUGAUCGCACCACCAGAACGUAAAUACUCUGUCUGGAUUGGGGGUUCAAUAUUGGCAUCGCUGUCCACUUUUCAGCAAAUGUGGAUCAGUAAAGAUGAAUAUGAGGAAGCUGGCCCCUCUAUUGUCCAUCGCAAGUGCUUUUGAAUACUUCUAUCGUGUACUGUCAGUGAUAAGUAGUGCUGUUUCUCACAUUAUCUGCUCUCAUUCACUCUGAGGGAGUUACAUGUUUUGGCUUUCUUCUACCUGUAAUAAAGCACAUUAUAGGGGUGUCAUACAAAUUAGUAUAUUACUUUUAAUUUUUUAUUGCUAAAAUGAGGCUAAUGUUUCAGUGACGGGCGUUUUCCAAGAUAAAUAACAAUUAUAGUCAGGGUUUUGUAGACUUCCCCUUCCCAAUUUUUAUGUACUGAACUGCCAUCCAUUCAGGAGGCAGCACGUUACAUCUGCAUGUUAAUCUCUGCUAAUUGGUGGUGAGUCUGAAGUACCCACAUAGAAAGUAAUUCUUUCAAACUCAGACAUAAUGCAAGAUUUAAGUGCCACAUAUGGCUUAAUUUAUGUAGCUAAGUAGUAGAUAGGACUUUUCUAAGGGGGGGGGGGGUUACUUUACUGAAGAUAGAGUGGAUUUAUGUGGGUGCUAGUGUGCACAUUCUCUUUCAGUGGGGCUCACAUGGAUGUCUUUCCUUUGCAUGCUGAAAUUGUUUGGCAGGAGUCUUUUGUCUCCCUGUGACCACCACUCCCCAACAGUAAUGAGUUUCAACAAGCUACAGUGACUUUUGCAUUCACAUGUAACAGAUUAAUUUACUUUGCAUGUUAUUUUCUUCAUCUCUUCCUAAGCAGUGAAAUGAUAUUUCUUUUUACUUUUGCUGUGCUAUGCUAAGGUAAUGAUUACUGAGUAAAUAAUAACCUUUUAAAUAUGUUAUUAAAAUUUUCUGGGUUUAAUGGAUCAAUAAAAGUGUAAUUACCCA